AUGACGUCGACGACGACGACACUUCUCCCACCGCUCCUCCUCUUCCUACUCACGGUGCUUCUUCCACCGCUCUCACAUUCCCAGCUCACCUACGACUACUACGCCAAAACAUGCCCCAAGUUCGACGACAUCAUGCGAGACACCGUCGCACAGAAACAGAACACCACCCCGACCACCGCCGCGGCCGUCCUCCGCCUCUUCUUCCACGACUGCAUGGUCGAGGGAUGCGACGCCUCGACACUCGUCGCCGCGUCCCCACUCCACAGGACGGAGCGCGACCCGAGCCUCAACCUCGACCUCCCAGGGGACGCAUUCGACACGGUGGUCCGCGCCAAGACCGCACUCGAGCUCGAAUGCCCCGACAUUGUCUCCUGCGCCGACAUCCUAGCUGUCGCGACACGCAACCUCGUCGCCCUGGUUGGGGGCCCGGCUUACCGCGUCCCUCUCGGCAGGAAAGACGGGCUGGUCUCCGACGCUUCCCGCGUGGAGCCCAACCUCCUGAAGCCCACCAUGCCCGCCUCCCAGAUCAUUGCCUUCUUCGUCUCCAGAGGGUUCACCGUGCAGGAAAUGGUGACCCUGAUGGGAGGCCACACCAUUGGUUUCUCGCAUUGCAGGGAGUUCAGCUACAGGCUCUACAACUUCAGCAGGACUUCACCGACGGAUCCUGCGCUCAACCCCAAGUACGCCGAAGGGCUGAAGAAGCUGUGCGAAAACUACACCAAGGACCCCACGAUGAGCGCCUUCAACGACGUGAUGACCCCUGGGAAGUUCGACAACGUGUACUACCAGAACCUGGAGAAGGGGCUGGGGCUGCUUGCCUCGGAUCAAGCCAUGGCCGCGGAUCAGAGGACGAAGCCUUUUGUCGAGCUGUACGCGAGGAACGAGACGGCAUUCUUCACUGCGUUUGCUCGGGUGAUGGAGAAGCUCAGCACCUACAAGAUCAAGACAGGGAAAGAUGGUGAGGUGAGGCACCGGUGUGAUCAAACCAAUACUGUAAACAUUUAA